AUGAUGGGAAAACAAAAACUCUUUUUGAAUUUAACAAAAAAUAGGAAGAUUACUGUCUUUUUUGAGAAAUGUUUCUCAAAUGCUAUUGCAACUAAUAACAAUGAGAAAACGACACAUUUCGGAUAUAAAACUAUCAAAGAAAACGAUAAAGUAAAAGAAGUGUAUACAGUUUUUGAGAAAGUGGCAAAUUCUUAUGAUAAAAUGAAUGAUGCUAUGAGUUUUGGAAUUCAUCGUAUUUGGAAAGAUAUAUUCAUUCAAAAGUUCGGGCCAACUCAUGGUAGCAAAUUAUUAGAUUCAGCGGGUGGCACAGGAGAUAUUGCAUUUCGAUAUUUAAAUUAUUUAAAGAAUAUUCCUAAUCACCAAGGUGUAAAGAGUUCUGUGACAGUUUGUGAUAUAAAUGAGAAUAUGUUAGAAGUUGGUAAAGUAAGAGCAAAAAAAUUAGGAUGGGUAGAUCAAAAUGACUUUGAUAUUGAUUGGAUGCAAUGUGAUGCAGAAAAACUUCCUUUUGAAGAUGAUUCAUAUGAUGCUUAUACAAUAGCUUUCGGAAUAAGAAAUGUAACACAUAUUGAAAAGGUUCUAUGAUCAGUAUUCAUUUCAAAUAAUACCUGUAUUGGGUACACUCAUAGCAGGGGAAUGGCAACCUUAUCAAUAUCUUGUUGAGAGUAUUAGAAAAUUUCCAAAACAAGAAGAAUUUAAAGUAAGUAAUACAAUAUGAUAAUAAUGUGAUAUUUAUAUAUAAAUUAGAUAUAAGAAAUAUAUUUGAUUUUUAAAUAUUAUUUUAGCAACUGAUUGAAGCAGCAGGUUUCAGAAAUGUAACACAUGAAAAUUUAACUUGUGGAAUAGUAGCUAUUCAUUCAGGUUUUAAAUUAUAAUAGUGUUAUUUAAUAAUAAAUGUAUAAAUGUUAUUUAAUAAUAAUAAUAAUAAUAAUAAUAAGUGUAUUAAAUAAUAAAUUACUUAUAUUUUUUAUUAUAUCAAAAAAUUUAGUAAAAAUAAAUUUAUCAUAUUGUUACAUUUAUUACUCGCAAGAUGAAUCAUUUAUUACAUAUAACAUUCACUGAAUUACUAAAAAUAAAUUAUAAUUUAAGUGUUAUUUUUAAGUAAAAAAUUUUUUAUUUGUCUAUCUAUUAUUUCUUUCUGUUCUUGACUUAAAUCAAUGAUUUCAAUUACUGUUGGCUUUUUAUUUAUAUUUAAUUCUAAUUUCAAGAGUGCAUCUAAAGUUUUCAUCUUUUGUUCUGCACUACGAAAACUCUGAAAUAUUUAUAUAUUUUUUAUGAAAUAUAAAAUACAAUGAAAAUAUAAUAAGUAUAAAUAAUACAAAUAUUCAAAAAUAUCAAAUAAUAAAUCAAAAUACCAUUCUAAGUUCAUGCUCAAUUUCUGGGUUUUUCUUUAAUUUCUUUUUUAAUGAGAAUUCUUGAACACUGAAACCUAUUAAAUUUUCUAGAACCUAAAAUUAUAAAAAUUGUAAUUAUUUAAAAUAUAUUAAAUUUUCUAAUAAAUUAUUUAUUUUAAAUAAAUUAUAAUUCAACACCUUAUUUGAGAAAGAAACUUCUAUUGUUCCAGUAUUAUCUGCUACUACAGCUUCCAAAAUCCACAAUGAAUCUUUCUUUGUUAAUUUUCCAACAACUUCAACAUAACCUCGAAUUGUUCUAAAAAUAGUUUCGGUGACUGUUUCAUUAUUUAUAUCGCGUAUAAAUUCACAAAUUUUUGGUUCUUCUGGAGUAUUUAUUACUUUUGUAAAUUCUGUAAUCCGUCUAUUUAUUUUACUCUUUUUCAAAGGUACUAUUUCGGAAGGAGAAAUUGGAACCUGAAAUUGGAAAAAUUAUGUAACUAAAAUACUAAUUUACAAAAUAAAAAGUUAUAGUUUGUAUUUCUUAGCAAAAUAAAAUCCAUUACACUUCUUUUUUCGCCAGUUAACAAAGAUUGUGGCUUUUCUUCUAAUUUUGAACGAGAAAUUGAUGAAUCUGAUUUAUUAGUAAACAAUUUAGAAUUUUUUUUCUCAAUUUUUCUAGAAACAUUGUAUUUGACAUCUGUUACUUCCUCGUCAUUUAUUAUAAUAAUAUCAUGGUUUCCUUCUUUUGGCAAAGUUCUAAAAGGUGUUGCGAUAUUUUUUUGUUCUAUUUGUGUUUCUAUAAGUUGUCCUUCAUCAAUCUAUAAUAAAAUUUUUUUGUUAAAACAUUGAUUAAAUUUAAAUUUUAUAUUAUAAAUUUUUGUAAUAAUUUCAGUUCUUAAUAAAAUAAAACAUUAAAAUAACCAUUUCUAAAAGACAAUCGUCAUCGUCCAAGAUUUUUUCAUUUUCAUAAUUAACUAUUUUAAUUUCAGUGUUAGCGUUUUUAAUUUCUGUUUGAAAAAAAUCAUCAUCAAUAAACAUUUUUUCAUUUUUAUGAUCUUGAACUGUUUUAAUUUCAGUGUUAAUUUUUGUCUUAAUUUCUGUUUCAGUAGAACCUUUUUUAUUGUCUUUUUUAUGGGAAUCUUCAAUUUUAGAAACAUCUUCAAGAUUUAUCUCAAAGUCUUCUUCAAAAAAGCUAUCAUCUAUUUGUGAUUGUUCAUGUUUAAUGACAUUUGACUUAGUGUCAUUAUCAUUAUAGGGGUCAGGAUUCUCUGGAAGAUUUCUGCAAAUAAUAAAUAUACAUAUAUAAAAAUCAUUAUCAAGAUUUUCCAAAAAUAUAAUUGAAUAUUUAAUUUAUUCCAAUUUGUUUAUUUCAUAACUUGCUUCUGUUUUAUUGCUUCUUUUGAAUUUUUAAUAAUAAUUUAAACUCACAGAGCUCUGGCUAAAACAUUUUCCAAUGCAUUAGGUAUUAAUAAACUAUCUACUUCACCACCAAUUCCUUUUAGUUUCCCUUUUUCUAAUAACAGUACACCUUUGUGACAUUUCACUGGGCCCAUUAUCAUAACUUUAUACCCUGGUAAUAACGUAUCCUUAAAAAGAAUGUGAUAGUACUUUACAACAGUAUCAUUUUUUAAAAAUAUCUUUUAAUUUAUGUUUUUAGUAAAGAGAACUAAUAGUAUUAUUUUAACCUAAUCAGAUGUUUAUUAUUGAAAAAAUAUAACAUCAACGUACAUUUAGUUGAGGUAUAUAAUUAUAUUCAAUUCCAAUUACAUCUUGCAACCCAUCUGUUAAUCGUAAUUGCAUCAUUCUUUUUUUAGGAGGUUCCCAUUUUUCCAUUUUUUCUGCUUCAGAUAAUUCUACUUCUGAGAUAUGAGUGUUUCUAAUUUGUUCUAAUUGUUUAUAUUUUGACAUUGCAAUAUCAUACAUUUGUUCUACCUAGAGUAUUAUAAUAAAAAUAAAUAAUUUUUUUAUUUACAUAACUAUAUAAAUACAUAUGUUGUAUACCUGAAGAAUGUAGUUCUCAUUUAAUACAAUACAUUUUUGUUCUGAAAGAUUGUGUGGUAAACUUCCAUUCUCAUUAUUAAUUACACGUAAAUCACUAAGUUGCCAUUGUGCCUUUACAAAUUCUAAAAUUUCUUGUGAACUUGACUGAAAAUAGAAUUAAUUCUGAUAAAAUAUAUUAUAAAAACUUAUAAUAUGGGUAUUUAUUCAAGUUUUAUUUUAAUAAUUGUACUUUAAAAUUUAAAAUAUGCUUCAAGCACAUUACAGAAUUGUACAAAUAUUUGAAGUCAGAUAUGUUUAAAUAUAUAUUUAAAAUUAUAUUUACAUUUUUAUGCUGGUCUACAUAAAACUCUAUACAAUCUCUCAACCAUUCAUUAUUCAUUGAAUAACAUUCUGAUUUUAAUUUACUUUUUAUUUGUCUAAAUAUGUUUUCAUUCAUAUUUGACACUGUAUUUAUAUAAAAUUAUAGUAUAGUCUAAAUCUUUGAUGAAUGACCAGUAGAAUACUUUAAUUCCGAGUCUUUUUUAAUAUUUAUUUUGACAUUUUUAUCACAAUAUGUAAACAAUUUCCUUUGUUGUUUGAAUAUAUACACAAUAUAUAUCUAUAGAAAUUAAGCAAUGAUUAUAGAAGUAAGUUUUCAAAGUACGAUUAUUUAAUAAGAGAAAUCUUAUUGCUCUUGCUUUUACUAUUACUUAAAAAGAUAAUAUAAAUUAUAAUUUUAACAUAUUUAAACCAAGCUUUAAACAGAGACACAUGUCAACUGUGAGGUUAUGUAUAAAAGCGUUAAUUCCUGUAAUUACAGUAUUCAAAUUAUUUAAACGAUAGGAAACAAUAUUUUAUUUAUUUAUAUAUGUAUUUGUAUCAAAUGACAUUUUUUAUCUAAUAAAAUAAAAUAAAUAAAAUAUAUACUAAUUAAUAUAUCUUUUGUUUAAUAGUUUACAACUUUUAUAUAUAAUAUUAUAUGAAAUAAUUAUUAUGACAAUUUUCAAUUUAUAAAACACUAAUAAAGAUUAAUCUUUUUUUAAGAUUCAUAAAAAAAGUAGAAGAAUAUUUCUGUUUAUAAAACAAAAAUUAUGUUUAAUAUUACUUUAUAGAUGUACUAAUAAUAAAUUACUUUAUGAUUUAAAGAACUUUUAUAUAAAUUCUUCUAUUAUUCUAUAUAAAUUCAAAUUAAUUAAUGACAUAGUGUACAAAGUAUAAUUUUAAUAUCAAUAUAAAUUUGUGUAAAUGUAAUAGAGAAUGUAAUUCAGUAAAAAUAUUUUUCAUUAACACAGUAACAACUUAUUCUUUAACUAUUUUUUUAUCAAUACAAUAACAAUAAAAGAACGUGUAACGAGAAUUUCCGAAAGAUACAUUAUAUGUUUCAGAUAAUAUGUAUGUUAUAUAUAUCUUUUAAAUCAUAGUUAGAAUUAUUAUAGCCAUUAUGAUCAUUAUAAUUAUAAUAAUAAUACUUUUAGUUAUAUUCAGUCAUUGA